AUGGCUUCGUCCAAGCUCAUCGCGCUGUUGUUCGCCUUCGCCAUGGCAGCGGCGGCGCUGCAUCCCUCGGAAGCGGCGAGGCUCCAAGUCGUCCAGCAAGCAUCCAAGCCCGUGGCCGCAAGCCAAGAAGCAGCAGAAAAGGUGGCCGACCAAGCAGCAGCAGGCGCCGGCGGCGUGGCACGCCCAUCGACGACACCUCCGUUGCCUGGCAUCCCCGCUGGCCUACCUCCAAAUCUACUGGCCGCCAUCCCGGAGCUGCUUUUCCCGGGGCUGGGCGCCGCCCGCCGCGAUUCCGCUCACGCCGCCUGGCGCGCCCGGCCCGCCGCGCCCGCCGCGCUGCCGCAGCCGCGCCACCCGGACCGGGCCGCCCGACUCCCGGACUGCCUUGCCCGCACCGGCCACGCGCCCGACGCGCCGCCGUCGCGCGCCUCGACGCCGCCCGGACCGCCCUGCCCGACGCGGAGCCGCGCCGCUCGGACCUCCACGCCCGACGCGCGGAGCCGCGCCGCCGUAACGGGUGCGCCGUACGGAAUCGACCGAGAACGUCUGAGUCGGGUCUGGGGAGAGAGUAACAGAGAGAACAGGCAGGAUAAGGGGUAG